AUGGGAUCCAGACUUGUUGAAGAGGAGAAACAAAGGUUGAUUGAUUUCUUGACUCAGAAUGCAGAUGUGUUCGCGUGGAACCAUUCAGACAUGCCUAGAAUUAGUCCUUCUGUGUCCUGUCAUUCCCUCAAUGUAGAUCCAAAUGCAAAGCCUAUGAAGCAGAAGCAGAGAAGAUUUGUUCCAGAACGCAAUCGAAUCAUAGCUGAGGAGAUUAAUCGGUUGCUCGAGGCAGGAUUCAUUAGAGAGGUUCAAUACCCGGCCUGGCUCUCCAAUGUCGUUGUUGUGCAAAAAAAGAAUAGGAAAUGGAGAGUAUGUAUUGACUUCCCUAAUUUGAACAAAGCUUGCCCAAAGGACAGCUUCCCAUUGCCAAGGAUUGAUCUAAUGGUGGAUGCCACUGCUGGGUACGAACGAUUAACCUUCCUAGAUGCUUACUCAGAUUACAUACGAAACCCUCCGGUUCUAUCUACUCCCAAGCCAAAUGAAAAGCUCUUUGUGUACCUUGGGGUAUCCAGCAUCGCGACAAAUGCCGUUCUGAUCCGUUGCAAAGACGGAAAGCAGUUCCCAGUGUUUUAUGUCAGCAAAACAAUGGCCGAGCCAGAAAAAAGGUACUCAAAGGCCGAACAGAUAAUCUUGUUGUUAGUUAACGCGAAAAGGAAGCUCAGGCAUUAUUUCGAAUCCCAUCUAAUUGUCGUCUUAACUACUUUUCCUAUAAGGAUGAUCUUGCACAAACCAGAUCUAUCAGGAAGAAUGACAAAAUGGGUCAUUGAGUUGAGCUCAUUUGAUAUUACAUAUGAACCCAGAACGACAAUCAAAGGUCAAGCGGUGGCUAAUUUCCUACUUGAAUGUGAUGUUGAAGACUUGGAGGAAGAUUAUAGUUGUUCCUUAUGGAAGCUCUUUGUUGAUGGCUCUUCAAAUCAAAUGGGGGCAGGAAUUGGAAUCAAAUUGCAAACACCAGAGGGCACCACGUUGAGCCAAGUGAUCAGACUUGAGUUCAAAGCAACCAACAACGAGGCUGAAUACGAGGCAUUAUUAGCUGGGCUGAAGUUAGCUAAAGAGCUGAAGAUUAAGAAUCUAAUUGCUUAUAGCGAUUCACAGCUAAUCGUUCAGCAAGUAACUGGAGAAUAUGGAACCAAAGAUAAGACCAUGGAAGCAUACCGAACCGUAGUUCUGCGUGAGGUAAAAGACUUCGAUCAGAUUAAGUUCAUUCAGUUGCCGAGGGAGUAUAAUGAAGAUGUCGAUCACUUGGCCUGUAGUGCAUCCAGUUCUGGAGAAACACUGGCUAGGGUCAUCCCGGUUGACGUGUUGAUCCAGUCGUCCAUUUUUUAUGAACUGCCCGAUCUGAGCGCUCAGCAAGUUAAUGUUAUACCAUAUGAGCCGAGCUGGAUUGAUCCGAUCAUAGCUUUCAUACGUGAUGGUGUGCUGCCCGAACAAAAAGAUGAAGCAAGAAAAAUUAGGUCCAAUGCCGCGAAAUAUGCUAUUGUGCGUGAUCAGUUGUACAGACGGUCCUUUUCGGGUCCAUACUUGAAGUGUGUUACCCCAAUAGAGGCUAGACAGAUCAUGCAAACCAUUCAUGAAGGUGUAUGUGGAAAUCAUUCGGGAGGAAGAUCUUUGGCACACAAAACAAUGACACAAGGGUACUUUUGGCCAAACAUGGCACAAGGUGCAGAAGAAUUCUCUAGAAGAUGCGAUAAAUGCCAAAGGUUCGGACCAUUGAUACACUAA